AAACCAGUGUGAUCAUGCCAUGGACUGUUUGUUUGUCUAAGCCACCUGCUCAUUUGUCUGUGGCAUCUCAUUACUCUAUGUGUGCGGACAACGAUUGUUGAAGGACGCUGAGUAGUGAAGCUCUCUAGACUGUGCUGUCGGCUCGAUUGUCAUGAUCUUCCAUCCAGCCACUUUUUGAAUUAUUAUUUGAGCCGUCCAGAACUUCACAAACCACACGAUGAGCAGGUGAUGAAAAUGAUGAGUGGCACGUGUGUCUGAUCGAAAUUUGUCCAUCCUCGGUUAUGUAAGCAGUUGGGGAGCCUGUUGGGUUGGCUAGGCGCUUGACGUUGCAUCGUGACGACGCGUGAAUCUAAGACGCACGGGGACCUCACAUCUCCAUCAGGGAUGGAGGAGCUCUCGAUAAGCAAGAGGACAAGCUGAUGCUCGCUUCACUGUGUCUGAGGACCCCGUGAUGCGGCAGGGAGGGAGACGCCCCCCCUCCGUCUUCGCGCAACACCAGUGACAGAACCGGGGAUGCGGUUUUCUCCGGCGGCGUCGGUCGCUGAGUGAGCCCGCCGUGUUCUCACAGCAGGAGGAGGACGCGUACUGGCCGCUCUCUUCUGGUGGUAGCACCCGGGGAGGCAGAGAGCCAUGGCGGGCGCUAAGCUGACGCCUUCUCCCUCGGAGAUCGACCCAGACGUGAAGACUGAGGUGCAGAAAACCCCCGAACCCACCUGGGUCAACCCCUCCAGCCCUCUCCGGACCAUGGGCUCUUUCGGGAGCGAUGCCGGCCAAAGGUAUCAAGAGGAGUACAGUAUGGACUCAACCAAUGCCCAGGUGCAGGUGGAGUUCUAUGUGAACGAAAACACCUUCAAGGAGAGGCUGAAGCUUUUUUUCAUCAAAAACCAAAGGUCAAGCUUGAGAAUCCGCCUGUUCAACUUCUCACUGAAGAUCCUCACCUGCGUCCUCUACAUAGUGAGAGUCAGCCUGGAUAAUCCCUGGGACGGCAAUGGUGGUUCAUGUAAUGGUACAUCUUGUCGGAACAACAGUUGGACUAAUACCACAAAGUCGACAAAUAUCAAUUGGGAGGUGAUUUUCUGGGUUAACAGAAAGGAUCCUGUAUGGGCAAUACAGGUGACAGUGGCCUUAAUCAGUUUCUUGGAGACCAUGCUUAUCACAUAUCUCAGCUACAAGGGGAACAUUUGGGAGCAGAUGUUCCAGAUAUCCUUCAUAUUGGAGAUGAUCAACACAGUGCCAUUUAUAAUUACUAUCUUCUGGGAACCAUUGAGAAACAUAUUCGUCCCAGUAUUUCUUAACUGCUGGCUUGCCAAAGGUGCCCUGGAAAACAUGAUUAAUGACUUCCAUCGUGCCAUCCAGAGGACCCACUCUGCCAUGUUCAACCAGGUGUUCAUCCUCAUCUGCACCUUACUGUGUCUGGUUUUCACUGGAGCUUGUGGGAUCCAGCAUCUAGAGAGAGCCGGGAAGCACCUGACCCUGUUUGACUCCUUCUACUUCUGCAUCGUCACCUUUUCCACUGUGGGCUAUGGUGACGUCACGCCACAGAUUUGGCCGUCCCAGCUGCUGGUGGUCAUUCUUAUCUGUGUUGCCCUGGUGGUGCUUCCACUGCAGUUUGAAGAACUGGCAUACCUGUGGAUGGAGAGCCAGAAGUUAGGAGGGAACUACAGCCGCCACCGGGCACAGACAGAGAAGCAUGUUGUGUUGUGUGUCAGCUCGCUGAAGAUUGAUCUGCUGAUGGACUUCCUCAACGAGUUCUACGCUCAUCCCAGACUGCAGGACUACUAUGUGGUGAUCCUGUGUCCGACGGAGAUAGACAUUCAGGUUCGCCGGAUCCUCCAAAUUCCUCUGUGGUCCCAGAGAGUCAUCUACCUUCAAGGGUCUGCCCUCAAAGACCAGGACCUGAUGAGGGCCAAGAUGGAUGACGCCGAGGCCUGCUUCAUCCUCAGCAGCAGGAACGAGGUCGACCGAACUGCUGCUGAUCACCAGACUAUUUUGAGGGCUUGGGCUGCGAAAGACUUUGCUCCAAAUUGCCCUCUUUACGUCCAGAUUCUCAAACCAGAAAAUAAAUUCCAUGUUAAAUUUGCAGAUCAUGUGGUAUGUGAAGAGGAGUUCAAAUAUGCCAUGUUGGCACUGAACUGUGUGUGUCCAGCCACGUCUACCUUAGUCACACUCCUGGUUCACACCUCCAGAGGACAGGAGGGGCAGUUAUCACCAGAGCAGUGGCAGAGGACAUAUGGACGCUGCUCUGGAAACGAGGUCUACCACAUCCGCUUGUGUGACAGCAAGUUUUUUGGAGAGUAUGAUGGAAAGAGCUUCACCUACGCUUCUUUCCAUGCCCAUAAGAAGUAUGGUGUGUGUUUGAUCGGAGUGAAGCGGGAGGACAACAAGAGCAUCCUCCUGAACCCUGGCCCUCGCCACAUCAUGGCCGCCCCUGACACCUGCUACUACAUCAACAUCACCAAGGAGGAGAACUCAGCCUUCAUCUUCAAACAGGAGGAGAAGCACAACAAGGGUCUGCCCGUCUCAGGCCUCUACGACGCCCCCUCAAGGCUGCCCGUGCACAGCAUCAUUGCCAGCAUGGUUGAUCAGGCUACUUCAUUUGGCACUGUAGCCAUAGAUCUCCAGAAUCCCGAUCCUCCUGAGGAAACCAGCAAGCUGACCUUGCCGACGGAGAACGGCGCUGGGAGCCGCAGGCCAAGCAUCGCCCCUGUCCUCGAGAUUGCCGACUCCUCUGCUAUUCUGCCCUGCGACCUCCUCAGCGACCAAUCAGAGGACGAGACCACCCAGUCAGAUGAGGAGGGAUCUGUGGGGUCAGAUUUUGUGAAGGGCUACCCUCCCAACUCACCCUACAUCGGCAGUUCUCCAACUCUUUGCCACCUCCUACCACAGAAAGCUCCAUUCUGCUGCCUCCGUCUCGACAAGGGCUGCACACAUAGCAGCUUUGAGGAUGCCAAGGCGUAUGGCUUCAAGAAUAAGCUGAUUAUAGUGUCUGCGGAGACGGCAGGAAACGGCCUCUACAACUUCAUCGUCCCUCUGCGCGCUUACUAUCGGCCAAGGAAGGAGCUCAACCCCAUAGUGCUGCUGCUGGACUACCAGCCAGACAACCACUUCUUAGAGGCCAUUUGCUGCUUUCCAAUGGUUUACUUCAUGGCUGGCACCAUCGAUAACUUGGACAACCUGCUCCAGUGUGGUAUAAUCUACGCUGACAACCUGGUGGUCGUAGACAAGGAGAGCACCAUGAGCGCUGAGGAGGACUACAUGGCAGACGCCAAGACCAUCGUCAACGUCCAGACAAUGUUCAGGUUGUUCCCAAGUCUCAGCAUCAUCACUGAGCUCACACACCCGUCCAACAUGAGGUUCAUGCAGUUCAGAGCGAAGGACUGCUACUCACUCGCUCUCUCCAAACUGGAGAAGAUAGAGCGUGAUAAGGGCUCCAACUUGGCCUUCAUGUUCCGGCUGCCGUUUGCUGCAGGCAGGGUGUUCAGUAUCAGCAUGUUGGAUACGCUGCUUUACCAGUCAUUUGUCAAAGACUAUAUGAUCGCAAUUGCGAGGCUACUUCUCGGUCUGGACACCACGCCUGGCUCUGGGUAUCUGUGUGCUAUGAAGAUCACAGAAGAGGACCUGUGGAUCAGGACUUACGGGAGACUCUUCCAGAAGCUUUGUUCAUCCAGCGCUGAGAUCCCCAUCGGGAUCUACCGCACCGAGUCUCACAUGUUCUCAACCUCAGAGUGCAAGGACAGUUACGCACAGUCUCAGGUGUCCAUCAACACAGGGGAGGGCCUGGAACGUCGCGAGCGCGGCGAGUCCUGGAAGGAGAAAACGGCCCACAGAAACUCUACCACGAGUGACCAGUCAGAGCACCCGCUUCUGAGGAAGAAGAGCAUGCAGUGGGCACGGCGGCUGAGCAGGAAGAGCGCCAAACCGUCGAGCAGGGCAGAGCGCAUCUCACAGCAGAGACUCAACUUGUACCGACGCUCUGAGCGACAGGAGCUGUCUGAGCUGGUGAAGAAUCGCAUGAAGCACCUGGGCCUGCCCACCGUGGGAUACGAGGAUGUUUCUAAUCUCACUGCGAGCGAUGUCAUGAAUCGAGUAAAUCUAGGAUAUUUGCAAGAGUUGCAGGACAUUUCAGAGCACCAGUAUACAGAGGGGACCAGGCCGUCAGGGCCACAAGCAGACGAGAUGAACGACCACCAGAACACGCUGUCCUACGUGCUCAUCAAUCCUCCUCCCGACACCAUGCUGGAGCUCAACGACAUUGUGUACAUUAUCCGGUCCGACCCUCUGGCACACAUGCCAGAGGACUCGCAGCCGGGUCACGCCCGCACCAGCAGGCACCAGCAGCAGGAGUUUGGCACAGAGACGAGGGACGAGACUCACCUCUGAAACCCACCUCGGUCCUCGACACCCUGACCCUUAAUAUCUAUGAUCCCGCCCCUCCCCCCCAACCUCCCCGAGCUCGUUUGUGUCGCACAGAUGAAGGCUCGUCUCGGGCCGAGAACAGCGGUCCAUAGUGAAUGUGCAUUAUGUGUCUCUCAACCUCCAAAAUAUCAACAUUUAAAAAGAGAGAGCGAGCUGCUGUUUCCCACUGCGCUGCUACAGGAGGAUGCAUGAAGAGUGCCUCGUCAUCGACCCCGACUCCCCUCACACACCUCUACUGUACUUUAACACUUGUCGCCCUCACAAAAAUAAUCUGAAACGGAGAACCAGGCACUGGAAACAAUCCCCUUCCCUCCCAACCAAAGGACUGAGAGAUCCGAUGGAUGUUGUGAGACAGACAGAGGAGGUUAUCGUGCACACACACUGUACAGGAUAUCAAAUCAUCACUUCACUCAGGGGUGAAGUUGCCCCAGUGCUGCCACUCAGGCCGACUCCCUUGUACGCCUGUUGCUACCUAAACUCACACAGAACUGAAUCUCGGGGCAACUGCACCCUCCUCCACAUCUGUACACUCCUGUUUUUCUACCAGUAAAUGCCAUGAAUUUCGAGCAAUUCAAGCAUUUACAAUGAAAUUACAGUACAUGAGCACUUUUCUUAAUUUAUUAUAAAAAAUGUCUUCUUUUUG